GACUGAGCUGAACACAGCGUGGACCUCACUGUGAAAACACUAUGGGCAGGCAAAGGACUGAAACAUCAAAACUUCAUCGACACUGUGAGAGUUGCCACAGCCGACGCUGCAAGACUCCAGUAGAGAUUUCUGUCUCGUGUGUGAUCAUCAGUUGCCGCUUGCUGUGCGGUGCUGUGUUUCACCUCUGCAAGGAAGAAGAACACAUGCUUUUGUGCCCAAAUGAGAGGGUGCCUUGUCUCAAUGUUGAAUAUGGCUGCCCCUUCACCAUGUGCCGAUCAAAGCUAGCAAAGCACUUAGAGUUAUGUCCUGCCAGCAUUGUCUUCUGCUCCAUGGAGUGGAACCGAUGGCCCAUUGAAGAGUCUGAAACCCCUGAGUUCUAUGAGAACAUCUUAAAGGAGAACCACACACAGGAACCUCUGGAUCUCUCAAUGGCUCUUAGGGACCAGCAGCAUCUGUUUCGAUCACUAAAAAUGAAGAAUCUUUUUCCAGAACUUAUAGAAAAGGUGGCUGAGGAACCUUCAGUUAUGGUGCUAGAGGGAGCCGUGGGAGGGGUACCGCUCUCAAAUGAAGUAGAGGAAGCAUCUGCAUCUGCAGGCAGUCCUUCAAACACCGAGUUUCAGGAAGAAGGACUGACUCGAGAGGAAAGAGAAGCUUUAGCAAGGAAUCCCAAUUUGGUGGAUCUUGAGAGCUAUAACAUUUGGGAGAAAAUGUUUAGUAUGGAAUUGAGUGGCUGCAAACAUACCAUCAAAUCUUUAGGGCAAAAUCCUGCAUCUUCAAGUGGCACUGAAAUAAAGCCACGAGCCAACCCAAGCCGGUUAGAAAUCGUACAAGAAGAGCCACAAGUGCAAAAUGACAGUCACGAAACCCCUUCUGAUAUACCGCAAUACAAUGCAUACGAAAUGGAUGAAGACAAAUUCCUCAUCGCCACAUCCCUGUUCGCGUGCGACACAAGACCCAAGAAGAAAUUCAUAUAUAAACAUUUGGAGCCAAUUAAGAAUAAAUCAGUCUGCACUUUCAAAAUCCCAACCAGCUUCAAAGCGAAACAAAGUCGCAUUCGAAACCCCUCACAUAACAAAAAAGUGAGCGUAAGUGUUGACACAUCAGACCUAGGUGUUGAAAUUGAAGACAUGCCAAAAUGGGAUGAAGUUCAAGCUACUCUGUUGUGUUCUUUGGAGAGGGAAUUACGGGGACACCUCAUAGCUGAAUCCAGGUCUGCAGAUGCUCUUCUUCUGGAUGUUGGAACACAGACAUAUGAUUUUUACUCAGCUCCUUUCAAACCAGAGAACUCACUGGCAGAUAUCGUUGCUGACCGAGCUUUGAAUCUUCAUGUCCAAAUUCAAGCGGAGAGUGUUACAAGAAGACACAACAAAUCCAGCUCUGCAUUUACAUGCAUGUGCAAUCACACAUUUAGAAGAGAUGAGUAUCCUUCGCACUUCAAAAAUGUUCACUCCGACAUCCAGAGUUGCGCCAGUGGUUGGUUUGAGCAGCGUUGUCCUCUUGCCUACCUGGGCUGCACUUUCAUUCAACGAAGGUUCCAGCCCAGUUCUCAAAGAGCGACUGUCGUCUACAAUAAAGACCUCAGCACAUUCUGCCUCAGACCUGAAGUUUCAGCUAUUUUAUAUGAAGGUGUGAAAACGAUGACGUUGGAGAGAAAGCGUACACGCAAUAUGGAUGCUCUAAGCAAGCUUCCCUUUGAGGUUCUUGUCCACAUUGUUGGAUUUCUUGACAGCUUCACCCUGACCCAGUUGUCUCUGGUAUCCCGACUCAUGAGAGAAGUGUGCAGCACCUUGCUGAAUGAAAGAGGAAUGGUCUCACUGAAGUGGGAGAAGAAGGUUUACUCUCAUGGUGGCUGGUGCUGGAGAACCAGAAAGAACGUUUGGCAGUUUAGCAACCUGUUUUCCACUGUGGAUAGCUGGUGCUUUGAAAAAUUGCCUCCAAUUUCCGAACAUCUAAAGGAUUGUCCAUACUACCAGAAGGAGAGUAAGACAGAACCUGUUCCUUUAACUGGUGUUUAUGACUGCCAAGAGGGGGGCGAGAGGAAGAAUCACAGUCUGGUCUCCAUGUUCAUCAAAAACUAGUAAUAUUUUCACUAUAACAGACAUUGAAUUUAAGAUUUUAGUUUUAAUCUAAGAUCUAAUAUGAUUUUACUGUUGGACCCCUUCAGCCUAAUACUGGACAUAUAAAAGGAUGUAUAACAACAUAUACCUUUAAAAACCAAUUAUGUUUUAAUUGUAUUGCAAUGUUAAUCCUACAGGAUUAAUCUUGUUUUGGCAUGUGAUUUUGAUCAUCUACAGUAUCUAUAGUGGAAUUCUGUUGGUGCCACUUUUAUAUAUCUGUACAUUUGUAAUUAAAAUUAUGUUUAUAAUGUUACAUUACAUUAACACAUUUUAAAAUAUGGUUGUGUUAAUAUACUAUUUUCCUUAUGCUGACAAUCAUCAGGAUUCCUGCAGGUUUUGAUUUAUUUCUGUUUAAUUUAGUUUUAUUCAGUUUCCCCAGUGAAUUUGAUGGAAAACAAUGGAAAAUGUCCGUUUAUGAAUAAGUGCUUUUCUCAGGGUGUAAAAGUAAGGACCUAGCAUGUCAUCUAUUAGAGAUAGUUUUAUACAACCUCUCUAAAUAAUAUAAUAUUAUAUUAAGAAACAUUAACAGAAAAAAAAUAUAUAAGACAAAAACAAACAAACAAACCUCUGGCAAAGUUGGUGCCGUAUGAAGCAUUUAGUUAAAUCCUCAUGUUGUUUGUUAAUUAAUAUGUACAGUAGAACAAAAUGUAUUCAAAGGAAUAUUCCAGGUUCAAUACAAGGUCAGCCCAGUUGACUGCAUUUGUGGCAUAAUAUCAUUUACCUCUUGUUUUUUUUUUAUUAUUUAAUAAAAUUAUUUAAAAAAAAAUCAAGAUUACAAUGAGGCACUUACGAUGAAAGUGAAUGAAGCCAAUUCCAAAACAUUUAAAAAGUAUGGCCACAAGACAAAUACUAAAAGUAUGUGUUUACAUGUAAUAAAAACUCUUACAAACCUUUUCUGUAUAAAAUUAUUGCCAAUUUUACAACUUCGUUACUAUGAUGUAAUGUCAACAAACCCUAAAACGACUGUAAAAAAAAUUAGGAUUUAAACAACUGUACAGCUUAAAUAACACAUGAGUUUUAACAGAAUAAUUAAUGCAAGAGCUGUUAUAAAAUUAUAAGCUUCACAUUUGUCUUUAAACCUUACAAAAAUGAGCCACAUUCACAUCUGUUAUGCUGUGGUGUGGAAACAGGAGAAUGCAGACGGGGUGUGGAUCCAAGUACGGCUUUAUUAAUAACAACUCAAAAGAAACCAAACACUGGAACAAAUCAAAAUCCACGAUGGGAAAAAAAGGGUAACCCAAAUACUGAAGAAUACGGAGGGCGGAGAACAACAGGGUAACCUCGGAACGGACAGACGGAUAACCUCGGAACGGACAGACGGAUAACAGGGUAACCACGAGCGGGUAGACAGACUGGCAGGAAACACGAACAGGGGCAACAAGCAUAGGCUUAGUGUGAACACGGAACGUCACCAUGCAACGAUAACGCACGACAACGGGAAGGGAAAACAGCGGGGUUUAAAUAAAGAGACACGGUAAUGACAAAAUGACAGACAGGUGCGGACAAUAACAUGCAGACAGGGCCGGAAACGACGGGAAGAAGGGAAGUGUAGUUUUCACAGAGACAGUGAAACACGGGCGGACAACAAGGAAGACAUGACAGGGAGCGUGAACGGUAAGACAGACAACAAGGGAGCGUGACAUGGAAAGUGACUAGUGACGGGUGAAACAGAAAACACGGGGCAGACAACACGAAACACGGUGCAGACGACAUGAGACACGGUGCAGGUGAGCGAGAUCGUGACAUAAUCCCCCCUCAAAAGGACCGGAUUCCAGACGGUCUUAAAAUGAACAAAAGAAACAAUAAAAAGGAAUGAAGAACCCAGGAAAGAGGGGGUAGACUGGGGGAAAACAGACAGACCAGGUGGAGAACAAGGGGCACAAAGACAGAACAAGGAGGCACAAGGGGCAAUCAGGCAGUCCAUGGAGGCACAAGGGACACUGAGACAGUCCACGGAGGCCGAGGGGGCAGGCAGGCAGUCCAUGGAGGCGUGAGACGGGGCCAGGGCCAGGUAGCCUGUGGGGCAUCCACCGGGCAGGGACAGGUCCAGGAGACCAGGGAGGUGGCCACAAGGCAAAGACCGGUUCAGGAGGUCUGGGGGGUGUCCGCUGGGUUGGGACAGGUUUAGGAGGCCAGGGCGGCAGCCACAAGGCAAAGACCGGCUCAGGAGGUGGAAAUGAAGGAAGUUCAGGAGGCGCAGCAAAGGGUACCUCAGGAGGCGUAGCCAAGGAAGGCCUAGGAGACGGGGUUGAGGAAGGCGGAGCCGAGGAUGGCUCAGGAGGCGGAGCCGUGGGAGGCUCUGGAGGCUGAGCCGAGGAAGGCUCAGGAGGCGGGGCCGAGGAAGGUGGCGCCGUAAGAGGCGGAGACCUGGAAGGCUCUGGAGGCGGAGCCAAGGGAGGUGGUGCCGUAGGAGGUUUCAGAGGCGGAGACCUGGAAGGCUCUGAAGGCAGAGCCGAGGGAGGGGGCACCGUAGGAGGUUUCAGAGGUGGAGCCCUAGAAGGCUCUGGAGUCUCUGGGAGCAGAGCCGUAGGAGCCUCGUGAGGCGGAGCCGUAGGAGCCUCGGGAGGCGGAGCCGUAGGAGCCUCGGGAGUCUCUGGGAGCAGAGCCGAAGGAGGUUCGGAAGGCGGAGCCCUGGGUGGCUCGAGAGACUCGAAAGGCGGAGCCCUGGAAGGCUCGAGAGGUGGAGCCCUGGAAGGCUCGAGGGGCUCGAGAGGCUUGAGAGGCAGAGCCCUGGAAGGCUCGAGAGGCUCGAGAGGUGGAGCCCUGGAAGGCUCGAGAGGAGGAGCCCUGGAAGGCUCGAGAGGAGGAGCCCUGGAAGGCUUGAGAGGAGGAGCCCUGGAAGGGUCGAGAGGAGGAGCCCUAGGAGGCUUGAGAGGCGGAACCCUGGAUGGCUCGAGGGGCUCGAGAGGCGGAGCCCUGGAAGGCUCGAGAGGAGAAGCCCUAGGAGCCUCGAGAGGCGCUGGCUCUUGGAUGGACCUGGCUACUGGCGCUGGCUCAGGGACGGUCGAGGCGACAGGCGCUGGCUCAGGGACGGUCGAGGCGACAGGCGCUGGCUGGUUGACCGUGGUAUGCGCUGGUACACUGUUCUUGGUCGGCGUGGCUUCAGGCUCAGGCCGCUGACCGUGGCUGACGAGGGCUCAGGCCCGCUGACCGUGGCUGACGAGGGCUCAGGCCCACUGACCGUGGCUGACGAGGGCUCUGGCUGGCAGACCGGUGCAGGCGUGAGCUCUGGCUCGCAGACCGGGGCAGGUGUGGACCGGGAGGCGGAAGCCCGUCUUCUCUUCCUCCUCCGGGCAGACGAAGUGGACCGUGCAGGCUCAAGGGAAUCGACUGGCGUGGGGGUUUGUUCGCUCAAUGGUGGGGCAGGCAUGAUGGGAAGAGCCAUGGGCGCGUGGAAGGUCGCCACCGCAGGGGGUGAGGUAGGGUCCUCCUCCUCUGUCAAGCCCACAGUGAGUGGCGAGCAGCUGACCAGCAAAGUCUCUUCCAUGAACUCCUGCAGUGCCCAACCGCACGUCGCUGGUGGCAACCGCUCCUUCAGUGAGGGGGUUCAGGUUACCCCAGAAGAAAACCACCAAGGCCGAGUCCGGGAAGUCGGAGAUGUUUGCCAGCUCAAGGAAGUCCCGGACGUGGUCUUCUAUCGGCCUGUCCCCUUGCUUCAAACAAAGCAGCUGGUAGUUGGCAUGCUGGACCGCUGGAUCCAUUUCUGGUCGUGCGUUCUGUUAUGCUGUGGUGUGGAAACAGGAGAAUGCAGACUCAAUUACUGAAGAAUACGGAGGGCGGAGAACAACAGGGUAACCUCGGAAUGGACAGACGGGUAACAGGGUAACCUCGGAACGGACAGACGGAUAACAGGGUAACCACGAGCGGGUAGACAGACUGGCAGGGAACACGAACAGGGGCAACAAGCAUAGGCUUAGUGUGAACACGGAACGUCACCAUGCAAUACGAAACGUUAACGCACGACAACGGGAAGGGAAAACAGCGGGGUUUAAAUAAAGAGACACGGUAAUGACAAAAUGACAGACAGGUGCGGACAAUAACACGCAGACAGGGCCGGAAACGACGGGAAGAAGGUAAGUGUAGUUUUCACAGAGACAGUGAAACACGGGCGGACAACAAGGGAGCGUGACAUGGAAAGUGACUAGUGUCGGGUGAAACAGAAAACACGGGGCAGAGGACACGAGACACGGUGCAGGUGAGCAAGAUCGUGACAACGUCCAUUGAUAGUGCUUCACUGUAACCUUGAUUUUUGCUUUUUUUUUUUUUAAAGAAUAGGAGGGAAAGUCAAAACAAUUUAUUGUGUUUAUCAAUAUUAUGCCACAAAUGCUGUCGAUUGAGCUUAUCUUGUAAUUAAAAUUAUUUUCAAAAAUAAAUGAAAAAAUAAAAACAUUUUAGUUAUGCUGCACUUGUUUCUUUACUUUUCUCUCUCUUUUAAAAUGUGAUUGUGGAAAGGUGAUUAUCUUUGUCUUAAAAAUAUUGUUAUUUCAGAGCUGAAGUAACUGGACUGCAAUGGCUUACAGUCAUGACAUUUUUUAUCUAAUUAGUACAUGUAUUGAAUUUUAAAGAAUUAUAAAACGCAGAUUUCAUAAUAGUGAAAAUUCUGCCGGUGAAUAAGGAAGAAAAUGUUUGCAUCUUUUGCCCUUUCAACAGUUUUUCAAUAGUUCACAUUUUGGAGAAAUGAAACCAUUGUGAUUUUUUCCUCUCAACAGCAAGCUUUUUUCUUUUAAACUGCAACAAUCAUCAAAAGAAGUGUAAAAUAUACUGAGAGACACUGUUAAGUCAUAAAUGUCUAACUGCAAAAGACUGAAUGAUUGUAUAAUUGCCGAUUUUUUAUUUGUUUAUGAAGCUGUUAUACACAUUUCUGCAUUUCCAAUUAGAUUUUUUUUUUUAGGAUGCAGUCGUUGGCUCAGUUUGCUUUGGGUUGGGUGAAAGUUCUGCUCCCCUUUGUUUCCUGUCAGGAUUUCUGUUGGGUGCAGGAUGGAAAAGAUGGGUUGGAUGAGAUCCCUGGUAGGGACAGCAUACAGGGACUAAAAGGAGUGAAAGGAAAAUCAGCAUUGCAGGUUAAGCUAAACAAGGUUGCACUGGAUAUGGGCAGCAGGGGCCCCCUAAGAGAACUUGGCCCAAAGGGUUAGCUGGGUCUGCAGGGCCCACCUGGUCAUAAGGGUUCAAGGGGAUCCAGUGGAAGCAAUGACAG